CGGGUUGGCUUUGUUACUUCCGCGGCGGCGGCCAGAAAGGAUCCCGGAGCGCUCUCUCCCUUGAACGGAAAGACACAUUCUAUUGUGUGCAAGUGCAUUUUAGUGGCCCGGAGUUUUCUCUGUUCACCCGGAUUCGGUUUCGCGAAUCGUCGACGGUCGGCUUAUCUGGCACUGGCUGGCACACGGUACGACGUCAGACGCAGACCGAUCAUCAUCAUCGCAGCGAUCAGCAGUGUUUCCGUUCGCGUGUGUUCCGUGUUCUCGACGGCUCGACUUCUCAGGCUCGAGGGCUUAAAAUGAGACAGCUGAUCGCAGUGGCCCGUUUGCGAUUGAGAACGAUUGGCGAGUACUUCAAGGUGAUUCCGUUCUAGCCACGAUCGCGUGUUUGUGUUUCGAGUCCCAGACUGUGAUAUGUAAAGUUUCCCGACGCACCGUUGCGUCCUAGAAGCCCCGAUCGCACACCGAUCCCCCGGAUCGAUCUUCCUGCGGUGAGUGCAGUGCUGUGAGUAGUUUGAUAAGACAGGAAAGUUUGGAUACCGGCUACUGGUGUUUGGUGAUUCCGUCUCGUUUCCCCGCUUCAGAAUGACUGGGAAAGACUCGGACGUGCUGGUGGACAAGGGCACCAUGCCAAAGAUUGUGUCCACCGUGCACGGUGUCGACGCGAAGCCGGCCUGGCCGGCAACGCUGGUGACGAUCGAGAACGGUGGGCAACCGGUGGCGACGACGGCGGCGGCCGAUAAAGCGGCCGAACGGGGCAAGGCGAUGCGCCAGGUGAUUGCCGCGUUCAUAGCGAACAUCGGCACGAUCAACACCGGACUGAUCUUUGGCUUCUCGGCGGUGGUCAUACCGCAGCUGCAGUCACCGGACUCGCUCAUCCCGGUGGACGAAAGCCAAUCGUCCUGGGUCGCGUCCCUAUCGGCGAUUGGCACACCGAUCGGCUGUCUGCUGAGCGGGUACGUGAUGGACACGUUCGGGCGCAAGAAGGCGCUGAUCGCGACCCAAAUUCCGACGAUCAUCGGCUGGAUCACGAUCGCGUGCGCCUCGCAGGUCGGCUGGAUCUACGCCGGGCGUGUGCUGACCGGAUUCGGCUCCGGCAUGGUCGGAGCCCCGGCCCGGGUUUACACGUCCGAGGUGACGCAACCGCAUCUGCGCGGCAUGCUGUGUGCGCUGGCGACGAGCGGAAUCAGCCUGGGCGUGCUGGCGCAGUACACGCUCGGUGCGGUCACCACGUGGAAGGUCCUGUCCUGGGUGUCACUGAUGGUGCCGAUGCUGGCGCUGGUGCUGAUGUCGUUCAUGCCCGAAACCCCGAACUACCUGGUGUCGAAGCAGAAGCCCGAAAAGGCACUCAAGAGUCUGGCGAAGUUGCGGGGCUCCAGCUACAACAUCGAGCGCGAGGUCGCCCAGCUGCAGGCGUUUGCGGCCAAAACGAACAACAGCAACAAGAAGAAGCUGUCGUUCAAGGAAACGGUGCAGGCGCUCGUGCACCCGUCCUGCCUGAAACCGUUCGCCAUCCUGACGAUCUACUUCAUGAUGUACCAGUUCUCGGGCGUGAACACGAUCACGUUCUACGCGGUGGAAAUCUUCCGCGAUUCCGGCACCACGAUGGACAAGUACACGUGCACCAUUCUGCUGGGCGUGGUGCGGCUGGCCUUCUCAAUCCUGGGCGCGAUCCUGCUGCGCCGCUGCGGCCGCCGGCCACUCACCUUCAUCUCGGGCAUCGGCUGCGGCCUCACGAUGGUCGGGCUCGGUGUGUACCUGUACUACAAGCGCCAGUGGGAGCUGGCGGUGCCACCGGUCGAACCGAUCGCCACCUGGUUCCCGGUGGCGUGCAUCUUCAUCUUCAUCAUGACCUGCACGGUCGGGUUCCUAAUCGUGCCGUGGGUGAUGAUUGGCGAGCUGUAUCCGAUGAAGGUGCGCGGGCUCAUCGGAGGCCUCACCACUUGCAUGGCGCACAGCUUCGUGUUCAUCGUCGUCAAAACGUACCCCUUCCUGACGCACGUUCUCGAACGCCACGGUACCUUCAUCCUGUACGGUUGCUUCUCCUUCGUCGGNNNNAUCUUCUUCUACCUCUGCCUGCCGGAGACCAAGGGCAAGACGCUGCAGGAAAUCGAAGACUACUUCUCGGGACGGAUCAAAACCCUGAAGAAAGCCAAGCCGGGCAAGGCCAACAACGGUGGUGGCACCGGGAUGGAAUCGGACGGCCAGCAGCUCCUCGAAGCGAAACCUCAGCUGCUGACGGUGGAGAAGAACCAGCUGCUUCCCUAGCGGAGCGGGAUCCGCAGCAGAGGCUGGUCCCAAACACACAAAGACAGAUCGUUCCUGACUUCGUUCCUCGGUGGGCCACGCUUCCCUCAGCAGCGCCCGUGCCGUUUUAGUGCUCAACACAGAGCGGAAGCGAUGUGGCGGUUUAUGUUAGGUUUUAAAUCUACAGACACUCUAAGUAUUAAAGAGAAUGUAUUGUUACUUAGACAGUAAUUUGUAAAGGGCGUGGAUCGCGGAUGUUGAAUAGUGUAGAACGUGACCCGCGCCAACGCGACGAAAACUCAACGUGUUUGAACUCCGCCAUCCGGCGGUACUUUAGAAGCAUUCUUGAUGGGAUUUACGUAGCCCCCAGACUCCUCAUUCGUACGAUUCAAUAGGAAAUACUCGCUCAUUAUGCUCACACUUCGAACGAAUAAAUUAACGAAGAACCUGCGCAAGGAUCAGAAACGAUAGAAAGUGAUAAGGAUAUGGAGAAUAUUUGUGAUCCUUCGGUGCCUUACUAACUCCCCUUUUUACGAUCCUAUGUCCAUUGAGUUCGACGAAACGAAACGCGCGUAACACAACACCAUUGUUAUUUUUUGCGAAAAUUGUAAAAUGAAAAAUGAGAGAUUGUAAAAAUGUAAGUUUUAUAUAUUGCACGAGAAAAUAAAGAAGCUUUGA